CCUCUGAGAGUCUUCGUUUGACUUGGGUCCAGGAGAGACCAUGUCUGCCGUUACAGGCAAACUGUAUUCACCUUUAAUCUCAUUUAAAACUAAUUCUCUAUGAUAUAACAGUAACGUGGGGCCUGAAGGAUGGCCGGCUUGGGAGCUGUUCAGGUGAAACUGGAACUCGGACAUCGCGCCCAAUUCAGAAAGAAACCCACGGCGGAAGGCUUCACCCACGACUGGAUGGUGUUUGUUCGGGGACCAGAGAAUAGCAACAUCCAGCACUUUGUGGAGAAAGUGGUUUUUCACCUACACGAAAGCUUCCCAAAGCCAAAGAGAGUAUGCAAGGAUCCUCCAUACAAAGUGGAGGAGUCUGGAUAUGCUGGAUUCAUCUUACCUAUUGAAGUUUACUUCAAAAACAAGGAAGAACCGAAGAAAGUUCGCUUUGAUUAUGACCUGUUCCUCCACCUUGAGGGUCAUCCACCUGUCAAUCAUCUACGCUGUGAAAAGCUGACAUUCAACAACCCAACAGAGGACUUUCGAAGGAAGCUGCUGAAGGCAGGAGGGGCACGGGAUCCUCACAAGCGAGGGUCAGAAGAAUCAAAAGUAAGAAAAGUGAUGGUAAUGCAGGAAGGAUCGACCUUUCUGUUCAGCCAGCACCUCAAGCUGCCAACACUUCCCAACAGCUCACUGAUGUCUUUGUCCUCCGAUCCAAAGAGGAGCAAGAGCUUCCACGCUUCAAAGGAUUGCUUCAAAGGAGGUAAAACUGACCUCCUCACAACAGCCACAACCACUAGCACUAACAGCAGCAACUUUUCCAAACGCCACAAACCCUCCAAGGACCACACAGACAAGCCUUUAAAAAACUUGAAAGAGCCCAAAAGUGCCUUUAGAGACUCUGGCUGGGAAUCCUCAAAAGUCCCCAAAGAAUCUUCAAGGAAACCCAAAGAGAAUCAGCCACUGAGAGAUAGCAAUCCUAAGAUGGGUUUUAAGGAACCCAAGUCUUUGUCCAAGGAGCAUCGAAGUGAGGGACUGACCCAUAGAUCAGGCUUAAACAAGCGCCUUUCUGUGUUGGACAGUGAUGAUCUUAUGACCAAAAAACGCAGAAAGGGGUAUCUGGAAUCAUCGGUAAAGCAGACAUCAGGUUCAGACUCUCAUUAUUCCGACAAGAAAAAGUCACAGAUGGCAGCAACUAAACUAUGCCCAGAACUGGGUGAAGCAGAGCGCAAGAAAGUGUCCAGGCUUCCACCGUUCCAGGAGUUGGUGGACCCUAACGACUCUGAUAUGGAAGAUCAGACCAAGUCAGAUUCUGAACAGCCCAGUCCAGCCAGUUCCAGCUCCAGUUCAGGCUUUGCUCCCUCACACCACAAACGUCAAGUGCUUGGGCCGCUGCAGUCAGUGGUGCAAGAUCUGCAGUCAGACGACAACGAUGACGAUUCAGACGAACUUGAAGACCACGACAUGGACUCUGAUGCAGAACGACAACCACAAACAUGUCUCACACACCACCAACACAGGGUUAGUUUAAGUGAUGGCAGUGAGACUGAUGGCUCCUCUCCCUCACCCCCCAUCUGCAAAGAGGCCCCAGCUUUGAUAAAGAGCACCAAUAACCAGAUUUUAGAGGUGAGGAGCCCCAUCAGACAGAACAAGCAAGACAAGAAUGAAAACCUAUACUGUGACAAGGCUUACCUGGAUGAGUUGGUAGAGCUGCACAAAAGACUGAUGACAUUAAGAGAAGGCCAUAUACUCCAGCAGGAAGUGUGUCUGCCAUCUCAGGAAGAGAGCUCCCAGAGAAACAGGAACUCACUUUCUGCUGUCAAACACGAGGACAGAAGCUCUUGAUUGCUGCAUUUCAGUGGAAAUGUCUUUUUUCCCAGAAGAGGCGGGUGGAAAAGGGGUACUGGUGGUCAGGAACUGUUAUGGAAGUGGAAAAACAUACCGCUUAAUUUAUUUUGGCUGAAUUGGCAAAUCAAAGUUUAUCAUUAAUUUUUAAGAGAAAUGUCUCUGGGGACACAUUUGCCAGUUACACAUGAGGAUAGUCUCUUCCCAAAAAAAAUUAUGAAGGGUUUUUCUUACUCUCGCUCUCUUUCUCAGGGUCUUUUGUGUAUUGUGGGGAAAAAAUAAAUGUUUUGUAUGAUGAUCAGAAAAAUUUCUUUUCGACGUUUCUUUCUUUCACACAGGAGAAUGAAUCCAUUUCAUUCCACUUGUGCAUCCAUACACACCGACAUGUUUUACCUAUUUGACUAAUUUCGAUCAACCCAAGGUAGUGCAUCAUUGUGAAGUGGAAGGACAAUAUUUCUAUAGAUAAAAAUUAGAAAGUGUAGUGUGUAUUUCUUUUUCAACCCCUUCGCUAAUUCUUGAUCUUAGUGUCUUUACCAGCUGUAAACAUCUAAAAACUGAACAUUUAGAUCUGCCUCGACAAAACAGCUCAAGCUCGGAUUUAAUAAAGAACACACUUUAAGGCUUCCCACAGUUGAAUUAAUCCUAAUAAAACACAUUAAUGGUUGGAAAGCCAUUUCUUCUGCUGGAUAAGUUUGAAAUAUCUUUUGCAGCGGGCUUUAAGAUCAUAACUUAAAGUAAAUUAUCCGGCCUUAUGAACACUCAAACAAUGCUUCCUUCAAUGUAUCUUGAAAAAGAAAAUUGGACAAUAUUUAGCAUUUGAGUUUAACAGCUGUAUACUGUAUUUAACUCUUUUUUUUUUUUAAGGAAAUCCACCUUUUGUAUUUUUGUUAUCGGCACCAAUGUUCUGUGUUCAGACUGCUGACAGACGUUCUGUUUAUUUUUGUUUAAUAUUCUAGAAUAUUGUUAGAUUUUAAUGUUGAUAACUUAUAAAUCAAUAUUUUGCCAGCUUGCUAAACAAAUCAUCAGCAUUUGGGUUGAGCUUAAACCCAGGAAGUACUCCUAAGUAGUUUCAUAGAUUUCUGGAUUAGAUUGUAGAGUUAAAGGAGGACACAGGGAAAAUGGAUCUUGAGGAUUUUUAGGAAGGGGAUGGGGGAAAUGGUUCAGAGUCCAGGCAAACCAGCAGGACAUCCUGUUUUAUCUUCCAAAUACCAUUUCCUCGAAUAAAAGGGGAGACCUUCGAAAUAAUCCUCCACAGAAGAGACACAGAGACAUUGAUUGUCAUACUGGCUCAAGGCCAAGGCUGAAGAGAAAGGCUUGCCUCCUACAGCGUCCCUGGAAGCCGGUCAAAAAGCUCCUCAGGAAGUCAUUAAAGCUCAACAGAGAUGAAAAGUUUCACCUCCCAGAGCUUUCUGAAAGCACACUGUUCCCAGGUACACAUGAAGGAUGCGUCCUAAAGGUUGGAAUGCACUUUUUAUGUGCAAUUUGACAUUCCUUUUUAUCAGAGAACAUGUCCUUGUCAUAUAAUUAUGUUUUCUGUGUGUUUUGUGAGAUUACUUAUUUUCUGGCUUAAGGCUUGUCUGCUUUCUUUGCAGAUAUGUCAAGGAAGAAAAGUAGAUAAACAGAAUAACUGUAGAACAGAAAAGAAGCAAAACAUACAGUUAUUGCCUGACCAGAAUCACUGCCUGGUCUUUAUUUUAUUGCCAAAAAUAUUCACUCCGCCUUCCAAAUCAUUGAAUUUAGGUGAUUCAAUCACUUCCAUGGCCACAGGGAAAACAUGCAGACUGCUUUACAAACGUGGGAAAGAAUGGGUCUCGUAGUGAACUCCAGCCUGGUACCGUGAUAGGAUUCCAUUCAUCUGUACAAUAAGACCAGCGCUGACAUUUCCUCCUUAAUAUUCCAGGCUGUUGGUCCAUCACUUUAAAUUCAUAGAGUUUGUGAGAGGAAACAAACAAAAUAUGAAAAGUUCCAAUGGUAUGAAUAUUUUUACAGAAUGAAUAACUUCACAGCUGCAGGGAGAACAUUCAGAUAGUUAUAAACCACAGUCAGAUCCAGUAGAUGGAACCUCCAUCAGAAGCCUUUGAUUUGUUUUUUCUGCACAGCUUAUUGCCAUCAUCACCAUUCAGACACUGACAGCAAAAUAAAGACCACCAAAGCAUGCCCAGUUUUUGUUAUCAAAGGCAUUUCAGCUCCCUGACCACUCUAUUAUCAUUAAAUUUGCACAGAGCUACAAUAAUUCAGACAGUAGCUUUUGGCUUGCUUGUGUCCCCCGUUUCCAACCUGCUGCCAAUCGUGUUGACCUUCCUCUGUGUUCCCUCUACAAUUCUGGGUGGCAGCCUAUUCUGUCCACCCCUAACCCCACCCCACCACCUCUCAGUCACUAAAUGCAUACAACUUAGCCUCUGAAAAAUCUGAUCAAGUUAUAUAAAGUACAAAAGCAAGCAGACUUCAAAGUGAAGGAACAACUUGCAGAACCUUCCUCUUCAAACCAGGCGGGCCUGCAGACGUGGCCCCUCAGCAUCCCCCAAUCUCCCCUAGCCCCCAGGCUGCCUCAGACCCCUUGCACCACCUAAAUGGCUCCACUCUUUUGGAGCAAAUCCCAAACCUGGUCUUUGAAUUGGGCAGACUUGGCACCGUUCCUCCUUCCACAGCCUAACCCUCCCAACCCCCCUGAGCUUUGUUCCUCUUGAUGGAUCUAGGCGGGCCGAUGGACCAUGACUUCUGGAAGCCCACCCUGUCUGUGUGAGGCAACACACACACACACACACACACACAAAUAUUUGUGAC